AUGGUCAAGGCCAAUGCGGGCACCGGCAUUUUCAGUGCCACGUACAGUGGAAUCCCUGUUUAUGAAUUCCAAUUCGGCGGCGACCAGAAAGAACAUGUCAUGCGAAGGAGGCACGACGACUGGAUCAACGCAACGCACAUUCUCAAAGCCGCCGGCUUCGACAAACCAGCCCGAACGAGAAUCCUAGAAAGGGAUGUACAAAAGGAUGUCCACGAGAAGAUCCAGGGAGGAUACGGCAAAUACCAGGGAACAUGGAUUCCCCUCGAGGCCGGCGAGGCUCUCGCCCAGCGACACAGCAUUUACGAAAAGAUUCGGCCCAUAUUCGAGUUCGUACCCGGAAACGAGAGCCCUCCCCCCGCGCCCAGGCACGCAAGCAAGCCCAAAGCACCAAAAUCCCGUCCUCCACCUCCAAAAUGGAAUUCGGGUAGGUCCAAGGUCGCUAGCCAUGCGCCUCCUAGCGUUACUAACGCAGCUUCAGCUGUCAUGCCCGUCGUCGAGGAGUAUGAACACAGCGAGAGCGUCAUGGCCGGCAUCGAGGAUGACACGCCAGACAAUCUCACUGUAGCCUCAGCCUCUUACAUGGCCGAAGAUGAUCGCUACGACAUGGGUCACAUGCCCACAGCGCACAGAAAGAGAAAGAGAGAAGAGCAGUUACAAGACCUCACAGAGCAGCAGCACGCCGUGUACGGGGACGAGCUUCUCGACUACUUCCUCCUUUCCAGAAAUGAGCAGCCCGCAGUGAAGCCCGAUCCCCCGCCAAACUUUCAGCCAAACUGGCUCAUUGAUGCUGAAAACCACACAGCUCUGCACUGGGCUUCCGCUAUGGGCGACGUGGACGUGAUCAAACAGCUCAAGAGAUUCAAUGCAGACGUUGCCGUUAGAAAUAUUCGUGGCGAGACGCCCUUUAUGAGAUCGGUCAACUUUACAAACUGCUACGACAAACAGACGUUCCCUUCCGUCAUUAAGGAGCUCUUUGAGACGGUCGACGUCAGGGAUAACCAAGGAUGCACCGUCAUCCACCACGCUGCCAUUAUGAAAAACGGACGAGUUUACAGCCCAUCUUGCUCAAGAUACUACCUAGACAACAUACUCAACAAGCUGCAGGAGGUGUUUGAACCGAGUGCUUUCCAGCGGCUAAUCGACAUGCAAGACAGCGAAGGAAACACCGCCCUGCAUCUCGCUGCACAGCGCAACGCGAGGAAAUGCAUCCGCGCUCUGCUGGGCCGCAAUGCCUCGACAGACAUUGCCAACCACGAGGGCGUCCGCGCAGAAGAUCUCAUCAUGGAGCUCAACGCCUCCAAGAAAGACCGUGGGCCACAGCGGUCAUCGUCUCCCUUUGCGCCAGACUCGCAGCGGCGCGCCACGUUUCGGGACGCCUUCUCGGGUGUGGGCGGCGACAAGGCGCGGAAGCUCCCUCUGACCUUCCAAUCAGCGGCGGCCACGACGGUGCAGUCGCGCAUAUCCCCGCUCAUUAUGGAAAAGUUUCAGCUGCUCGCGAAAAGCUAUGACGAGGAGUGGCACGAAAAGGACGUCGCCGAGGCAGAGGCCCGGCGCAUACUCACAAACACCCAGGCUGAGCUGAAUGCGGUGCGGCAGCAAAUCACAGAGCUCGAAACCCAGCUUGAGGCCGACGACGUGGCCACCAAGGUGAUGAACGAGGCUAAUCUCGUGAGGCACAACGUCCUAUCACUAAUCACCCACCAGAACCGGCUGCAUAUCCAUCAGGCGGUGGAAAACGAAAUGAGCAAGCUAAACGGCGACGGCGGCAGCAGCAGCAGCAACCCCAACGGCAGCGCCAGCGGCAGCGGCAUGCAGGACGACUCGUAUGAGGAAAGGCUUACGCUCGCGCGCCAGCUGAGCCAAAUGCUUAUGGAGCAGCGGCAAGCGGAGACCGAGUACGUCGACGCCCUGAGCAUGGUGGGCGUUGGUGACAAGAUUGAAAAGUACCGGCGCCUACUGAAGCGCUGCCUGGACUCGCAGGACGGAGAAGUCCUGGACGCCAACCUUGACAGUCUGAUUGACAUGAUGGAGGAGGAGCGCGAGGUACACGACCUGGACGGGUCAACGCCAGUAGGGGGCGACCCGAUGGAUUUUGCAGUGAUGUGA